CAAUCCAAGUAUAUAGAGUGAUCUAAAACGUAACCGGUAGAUUCCAUUCCGACCGAAAACAAGGGUUUUUUUUUUUGUUAAUCAGAUGAAGAGGCAAAAAGUAAUCGAGUUAGAUCGUGUGGAGACGCCGACGAAGAGCUUCAACAUAGAUUGGGACAAUGUUUUGGUCGACGAGGAAGUCCCCGACUUGGAGAUCGUCGACAAAACCCCGCCGCACGAGCCUGCUUUCUCCGGCGACGAUUCCGCCGUCUGCGUGAAAUCCCUCAAGGACAGCGAGCUCGACGAUCAUCUUAAGCGUCAGAGGUCGCUUCUCGCUUCUUUCGCCGACAAGUUGCCGGACAAGGGCGCGAGAAUCCGCUCCAGAAUCGGAAGCCUCGAGUACGAGAAGCAGCGACGGUUGCUCCGCCGCGCCAAAUCGGAUACUGACGAAUGUCAGAUCCUCGCGCAGCCAAAAAGCUCAGAUGUGUGUAAGCAAGCGAAUACAGCUACAGGAUCGAAAGAGGCGUCUCGGUCAACAUUCGUUUCUCAUUUUAGUGUUAAUCUCAAAGUGGAGGCUCGACCAGUGAAACUCUUUAGUGAAGAUUUGGGACGCGAAAGCUGGAAAGGAAAGGCUAGUGGAGAGACUACAACAAAGCAAAGCAAUGGGUGGCGGUCGUUGCCGAGACUAGGCAAGUCUCAGAUCGGUGAAACAAACUUUUAUUCUGGAUUUAAGGACCCAAAAGGGAAGCGAGAACACGAUGAAGCUUCUGUAAGUAGAAAAAGAAAGACAAAGGAAUCUUCCCCUUAUUUACUCGUUGAUGAUGAUGAUGAUGAAGACGACGUCGUUGGAUAUGAUACUCCUAGGGAGUUGAGCUGUAAAGCAUCUCUAUCACAGAGGUCAAGCUGCAGGAAGAAAUCAGAUGAUAAAGUUAUUAAUUUGGACGAAGAGGAACCUGAGUCUCCAGUGGUAGUAGAGGAAGCUCUUGAACUUCCUGAAGGGUUACCGGGAGAUAUUUGCUACCCAUCAAGGGAUGACCCAGACCUUGUUCAAGUGUCUCUUGAUGAUCUUAAAUGCCUUUCACCUAGAGAAUGUCUUACAUCUCCAGUUAUAAAUUUCUACAUCAGGUUCCUGCAGCACCAGGUGUUUGCAGCGAAUCAGACAGCUGCUGAUUGCCAUUUCUUUAACACAUUUUUUUACAAGAAGCUCAUAGAAGCUGUUUCAUACAAGGGUAACGACAAGGAAGCAUCUUUUGUGAGGUUGAGACGGUGGUGGAAAGGUUUUGAUCUAUUCCGCAAAUCAUAUAUAUUUAUACCAAUUCAUGAGGAUCUCCACUGGAGCUUGGUGAUCAUUUGCAUCCCAGACAAGGAGGAUGAAUCAGGUUUGACUAUAUUUCACUUGGAUUCAUUGGGACUUCAUCCAACAAGAUCAAUUUUUAAUAACGUCAAAAGGUUUCUGAUUGAGGAGUGGAGUUACCUGAAUCAAGAUGCUUCUCUACCGGAUUUACCAAUCUCAGAAAAGAUAUGGAGAGACCUUCCAGAUAGGAUCAACGAAGCUGAAGUGAAGGUUCCGCAGCAAAAGAAUGAUUUCGACUGUGGUCUGUUUGUGCUCUUGUUUAUACAACGGUUCAUCGAAGAUGCUCCUAAGAGGUUGAAACUGCAGGAUCUGGGAAUGAUUCACAAGAAGUGGUUUGAACCCAAAGAAGCCUCCGCUUUGAGGAUCAAAAUCUGGAACAAACUCAUUGAGCUAUUCCUUGAGAGUAAUCAAACAGUUUAAAGCUGUACAUAGAACAGAGUCCCUGAUUUAUGCCAAAACAUUCUCAUUUAUCAGUGAUUUCUUAAGUAUGGCUUUUCAUCACACAGUUGUAAAAAAAUAAAUAAGAAUGCAUCAAUCUUAACUGAA